CUCUGUGGUCUUCGGGUGUAAGACGACCGGACCUCGGACAUUUCAGCAAUCAAUCACAUCAGCCUCUCUUCAUUCCCUGUCCCUUCACUUCGGCUUCCUUCCACUCCACUCCCACUCCACUCCACUCCAUUCUACAUAUUCCUUUUCUUUCUGUUCAAUAUGUUCGCUCCUCGUCUUGCUGCUCCUCUCAGGACUGUUGGUCCCGCAGCUAUUGCCAAGAAUGUCAUUACAAAGACUCGCGUCAUGGCUCCUGUUGGCACUAGAAUUUUGUCUACCUCUCAAUCAAACCAAAAAGAGGUUACUGUCGCUCCUCUCAUUGAACAGCGCAAGAACCGCCCUCUUUCCCCUCACAUGACCAUCUACCAGCCCCAAUUGACAUGGUACAUGUCAGGAUUCCACCGUUUCACUGGCGGUGCUCUCGCUGUUGGAUUCUACGGAGGAGCUAUCGCUUAUGCUGUUGCGCCUAUGGUUGGUCUUGGAUUCGAUACCGCCACUAUCACCUCGACCAUCGCCACACUUCCCGUUGCGGCCAAAGUCCUUGGCAAGCUCGUCAUUGCUUUCCCUUUCACUUUCCACUCAUUCAAUGGAAUGCGCCACUUACUCUGGGACACCACCAAGGGAUUGACUCUCAAGGGUGUUUAUACUACCGGCUACACCGUCUUAGGUUUGAGCACAGUCUCAGCUCUUGCUUUGGCCCUCAUAUAAAGAAUACACUAAGUUUACAGAGGAUUCGAUAAUGAUUCGCAGAUGCUGGAGAUAAAGAGUAGAACGAUCUGGGCCUGAAUGUCAAUAAAAACAAAUACGACAUUUUUUUUUUUUACAUGUA